CCAGAACCCGACUAAAGUUUCAAACAGGACAUCUUCCCGAUCCUUAUGGCGACCUCACCGCCGCGGAGCCCUAACGCAGGCGAUCGGCCCGAGACCGCUGACCUCGCUGUCGCCGCCGCUCCGGCACAGCCCGCUCGAAUAUGGAACUCCCUCAUCGCCCGCCUCCCUACGCUACCAAACUCCCUCCUCCUAGCCGCCGCCUCCGAGCUCCUCCGCCGCCUCUUGGUGGUCCGCAGACGCCGCCGCCGCCGCCGCCGCCCUUCUCUCCCACUCCCCAUCUACGAUGACGCCGGCAGCUCCGCCCGGGUUUCUGGUGAGAUGCCCAAAGCUUUUGCCAUCUUAGAAGAUAUCGUGCAGCAUACUUUGUCUGAUUUGCAUAGCAUUCAGAAGAGCUUACUUUAUUGGAAGUCCAAAGCUGAGGGAACAAACUCACAUAAAAUGUACUUUAUGAUCUUUGAAAGAGGUCCAAGGGCCUUCCUGGAAGCAACAUGUCAAACACUAACUAGACUCAGAAGCAAUGGAAGUCCAUCCGAGUACCUUUUAGGCUCUGCAUCUGAUAUUGUCUCAGUAAAACUUGCUGUCCUGACGAAUAUGCAACAUCGAUUGGCUGCUUUUCUGGCUGAGGUUUACUCUGAAGUUGAUAGAUGCAGAGAAGGAUUAACUGAAAGUUCAGAUAAAUCCCUACAUACACUAUUUGUUAUUUUGAACACCGUCUUCCCCAAAUUGGAGGUAUCUCUUACAAAUGCUAGCGAGGGGCAAACUCUACCAUUCACUAAUGACGGAAACUCGUCUCAACUUAUCUUUGAAAGAUUGCCAGAGGUUGAUGUUGAAAGUCCACAAUGGAGUGAGGCCUUAGCAACAGAUGCUAUUAGUCUGAUCUAUCAAAACCUCCAGAAGUUAGAUAGUUUUGUUUCCUCUCAGCUUUCAAGUCAUAAAAAGCCAAGAAAUAUGACCAUAUACUGGUUACCCUACACGUGUGGAGCAAUUGGCCUGUCUGCAUGUUCCCUAUGGCUUUUGCGCCAUAGUAGCUUGAUGGGAAGUUCUGACAUGGACAACUGGAUUCAAGAUGCUAAGGAAUCGGUUGCUGGAUUUUGGGAUGAACAUGUUGAGAGACCAGUCAUUUCCAUUAGAGAUGAGCUAUUCGAGACAUUCAAGCGAACAGAUAAACGUGUAAUGGAAAGGGAAGAGGUCCAACUAACCGAAGAAUCAUUGCACAGGAUGUUAAUUACCUUUUGUGAGCAAACUUCAAAGGAAAAACUGGCACAAGAUGCAUCAUUGCAGGAGUUGCUGGAGAUUGUCAUGAAAAGAUACGAGAAGGAAUCUAUGCAUCCAAUUCAGAAUUUGUUCAGUGGAGAAUUAGCACGUGCCAUGCUUAUUCAGGUUCAGAAGCUAAAACUGGAUCUUCAGGAGGCAAUGCUGGAACUGGAUCAGAUUCUCAAGGCAAAUGAGAUAAACUUUGCUAUUCUUGCAGCUCUGCCUGCAUUUGGUCUUCUGCUUCUCCUGUUGUUUUUAGUGCGAGCAUGGGCAUUGCAUGACCAAGGUGCAGAGGGAAGAGGAAGGAUUGCACGUCAUCAGCGGUGGCAGCUGCUCAUAGAUGUAGAGCGAAGACUCAAGGAGUUUAAGAAAUGCAUGAUUAAUGAAAUGGACGAGGAGGCGAGCUGCAAAUUCGGAUUGACUCUGUACACCCUUGACAGAUUAUACAAGGCCGUUGAGGUGCAUGCGAAGGAAACGGGCGAGUGGUCGAGCUUGAGAGAUGACAUGUUUAAUCUAGCAAAGCCUAAUGUUGGAGUGGCGGACAAGCUGGAUGUUCUCAAAGGGCUGAAGUGGAAUUACGCCUGCCUACGUCCAUCGCUGUCAUGAACUUCAGCUGUGAUUCAUUUUUGAGAUGGUUCACCCCUGAAAUCAUACGGCGACAUGCAAUCCACUUUGUUUUUUUUUGAGGAUAGUCUUUUGAUGUGAAUGCUUCGGAUUUCUGAGUCUUUUUGCUCUGUACAACGGGUCUCUGCGAGGCGCAAACCUACGGCAUGGGUGGGGUUCCUGAAUUUCAUGUAUCGCAGUCCGUGUGUUGCUGCUAGCAGUGGACUUGUGGCAUUUCUGCUACAUCCACAUUUAAACUGGAAUAUAAUCUGUAAACAUGUCUUGUAUGAGUACACUCGUUAGUGUUUGUUGCGCAGUUGACGUA